GCGGGCCAUAGUCACCCGAGAGGAGAGCAGGCCACCAAGAAGGAUGGAGGGUUCCCCGGCCCUGGGGUCAGUCUGCUAGCUAUGCCUGGGAGGAGGCCUCCAGGAACCCUGGAAUUCUGUGAACUCCCAGGGAAACCUUUUGUGACACGAGCUGGCCCCAGAAGGCUCAUCUGCCUAUAUUUUGGCGUCACUCAGAAGGGAUUGAUGCAGACAUGUUUAACCCACAGGUUCUAGACUCUCCUGCUGUGAUUUUUGACAAUGGGUCUGGACUCUGUAAGGCAGGGCUGUCUGGGGAGAUCGGGCCCCGUCAUGUCACCAGCUCCAUUGUGGGGUACCCGAAGUUUAAGAUGCCCUCGACGGGAGCCAAUCAGAAGAAGUACUUUGUUGGGGAGGAAGCCCUGUACAAGCAGGAGGCCCUGCGCCUGCACUCCCCCAUAGAGCGGGGCCUGGUCACCAGCUGGGAUGAUGUGGAGAAGCUCUGGAGACAUCUCUUCGAAUGGGAACUGGGUGUGAAGCCCAGUGAACGGCCCGUGCUCAUGACAGAGCCCUCCCUGAACCCGCGGGAGAACCGGGAGAAGACGGCAGAGGUGAUGUUUGAGACCUUCGAUGUGCCUGCCUUCUAUCUGUCAGACCAGGCCGUGCUGGCGCUCUACGCCUCUGCCUGUGUCACGGGCCUGGUGGUGGACAGCGGGGACGGGGUCACCUGCACUGUCCCUAUCUUUGAGGGUUAUUCCUUGCCCCAUGCGGUCAGCAAACUUUACGUGGCUGGCAGGGACAUCACGGAGCUCCUCACGCGGCUCCUCCUGGCCAGCGGGAGAGCCUUUCCGUGCCCGCUGGACAAGGCCCUCGUGGAUGACAUCAAGGAGAAACUAUGCUACGUGGCCCUGGAGCCCGAGGAGGAGCUCUCUCGGCGUGCAGAAGACGUCUUGAGGGAGUACAAACUGCCGGACGGGAACGUCAUCUACAUCGGCGACCAGCUGUACCAGGCUCCCGAGGUUCUGUUUUCUCCAGACCAGCUGGGCACCCACGGCCCAGGGCUGGCGCAGAUGGCGUCCAAUAGCAUAGCCAAGUGUGACGCGGACAUACAGAAGACUCUCUUCGGGGAGAUUGUCCUGUCCGGGGGUACCACGCUGUUUCAGGGGCUGGAUGACAGGCUCCUGAGGGAGCUGGAGCAGCUGGCUUCCAAGGGAGUCCCCAUCAAGAUCACUGCACCGCCUGACCGCUGGUUCUCAACAUGGAUUGGGGCCUCCAUUGUCACCUCUCUGAUCAGCUUCAAGCAGAUGUGGAUCACCGCCGCAGACUUCAAGGAGUUUGGGGCAUCUGUGGUCCAGAGACGGUGCUUCUGAAGGACCCUCCCCCCCCCGCCCCACACGCUCCCAGGAACCACUGUCCCUUGCGAGGGACACCCAUGGGAGGUAUGCUUUCCCAUGGCUUUAGCACCAUAUUCAAUUAAAGAUGAGUGGUGAAUCAA